AGGAAUAAGAAGAAGAGAGCAGCCAUGGAAGCUUGCAGAGCUCUGUCCUUUAUUCUUGCUGUCAGCUUCCUCCUGACGGGCCCUGCCUCUGCUCAGCAGCUGAGGACUAACUUCUACCGGAACACUUGCCCCAAUGUCGAGUCUUUGGUCCGAUCUGCAGUCACCAAGAAGUUCCAGCAGACUUUCGUCACUGCCCCAGCGACCCUCCGCCUCUUCUUCCAUGACUGCUUCGUCAGGGGAUGUGAUGCAUCGGUGUUGCUCGCAUCACCCAAUAACAAUGCCGAGAAGGACCACCCCGAUGACCUGUCACUUGCAGGAGACGGGUUUGACACAGUAAUCAAAGCCAAGGCAGCAGUCGACAGCAACCCUCGGUGCCGAAACAAAGUCUCCUGCGCUGACAUCCUUGCCCUGGCAACUAGAGAAGUCGUGUCCCUCACGGGGGGCCCAUUUUACUCGGUGGAGUUGGGAAGGCGGGAUGGGAGGAUAUCGACGAAAGCCAGUGUCCAGCAUAGCCUACCCCAGCCCUCUUUCAACCUUGUCCAGCUCAACGCCAUCUUCGCCAAACAUGGUCUUUCCCAAACCGACAUGAUGGCGCUAUCAGGGGGGCAUACUCUCGGGUUUUCUCACUGCAGCAAGUUCUCUAAAAGGAUCUACAACUUCAACCGGACGCACCCGAUCGAUCCGACCCUCAAUCCCUCAUACGCAAGGCAGUUGAGGCAGUCGUGCCCCAGAAAUGUGGACCCCAGGAUAGCGAUCAACAUGGACCCCAUGACGCCUCGGACCUUUGACAAUACCUACUUCAAGAACCUUCAAAAUGGGAUGGGACUUUUCAGCUCCGACCAGGUGCUCUUCACGGACACAAAGUCCAGGUCCACCGUGAACUUCUUCGCUUCAAACAACAACGCCUUUAGAGAGGCCUUCAAGACUGCCAUGACCAAGCUUGGCAGGGUUGGGGUCUUGACUGGUCGCAAGGGGGAGAUUCGAAUCGACUGUAGCCGUCCAAACUAGAUAAGGAGAAGUCUAUGAAGUCAAAAUAAUUUCGGAACCGUAGAGCACUUUCUAUAAGUCUAUGGUUUUGGGAUUUGUUUUAGUUCUGACGGUUACGAAACAUUCCUUGUAAUUUGCACCAAUAAGGUUUCAUCAAUAUUUUGAUCACCCCAUAAUAAAAACAAAGUGAAGCUCUGGAUGAGUUGCUUUGACAUGUCU